AAAAGGAGAGAGAGAGGCAGUGUCCUCGUGGCUGGGUUGUUGUGAGGCUCACGCACUGCGCUCUGCUCCUCAGGACAGGCAGCGGAACAGGACUCCAUCCAGCAGCACCUUGAGCGCGCGCACGGGACUUUAACGCAGCAGGGAGACACGGCGUGGGACAGCACGCGGGACAGUGGGCUCAGCGGGACGCAGCAGGACUAAAAGCAGCCAAAAAAAAAUGAACGCGAUCGUGUUCAACAAGCUGAGCAGCCAGGUCCUGUUCGAGGACAAGGCCAGCGAGGUGGAGCGGAGCAGCAGGAACUAUCUGGAGGUUCUGGACGGGCAGCACGCGGACAUCCUGACCAGCAGCCAGGGCAUAAAGGACAGCUCAGCUAUAAGACACAGGAGACCUGGGUCUCGGCAGGGUGUUGGUAAGGUACGUCACAAGCGGCAGGCGCUGCAGGAUAUGGCACGACCCCUGAAACAGUGGCUUUAUAAACACCGGGACAAUCCGUACCCCACCAAAACCGAGAAGAUCCUCCUCGCUCUCGGAUCCCAGAUGACCCUGGUGCAGGUGUCGAACUGGUUUGCGAAUGCUCGGCGGCGGUUGAAGAACACGGUUCGGCAGCCGGAUCUCAGCUGGGCUCUCAGGAUUAAACUCUAUAAUAAAUACGUUCAGGGAAACGCAGAGAGACUCAGCAUCAGCAGCGACGACUCCUGCUCAGACGAUGGUGACCCGGGUGCUCGGACCCAGCCGGGGGAGUUCAGUAAGCCCAUGUAUCAGAGUGUCAUCAAAAAAGAAGGUGGCAGCAUGGGGGCGGGGCUUCGGGCAUCCGCAGACCCCUCAUUGGCCGAGGACUACGUGUCUCCGCCCAAAUACAAGAGCAGCUUGCUCCACCGCUACCUGAACGACUCGCUGCGUCACGUGAUGGUGACCAACGCGGUGAUGGACGCCCGGAGGAGGAACCACUCGGGCUCCUUCAGCUCCAACGAAUACGAUGAAGACCUCUUAUCUCCAUCGUCCUCAGAAACAGAGGCCAACUUCGUCUAUCGAGCAGAGUCUCUGGACCAUGGAUCAAGUAAAUGUGACAACAGCAUCGUCCCGAAGGAGAAAGGACGCGGUAAAGACGAGACUUACUGGCGAGAGAUCAACGCAGCCAUGGCCCUCACCAACCUGGCCCAGCCCAAAGACGGCGCCCCCUCUGGAACCACCAGCUGCAUCAUCCAGAAAUCCUCCCACAUAGCUGAAAUCAAGACUGUCAAAGUGCCCAUCCUGCACAAGUACUAGCGCCCUCUUCCUGCGGACAAGGAGACACGCCUCUUCUCGUCCGUCUGGAGUUUUAAUUUUUUUAUUUUUUUAAUAUUUUGUGGUACUUAUGAAGUAGCAAUAUAAAACAGUUUUUUUUAUAUUUGAAGAGACGUUACAGUGCCCUGAAACGCAGCACUUCUCACGGUUUCUGGGUUUGUGCCUGUUCUGGACGCACAAGCCCUUUAAAUAAGUGCUGACGAGCGACGAAGACGACGACAGUAUUGCAGAACGAGACACUUUUGCAAUGUUAAGUUAUUUUGAUACAAUUUCUUUUUGUACUCUUUUUGAAGUUUUUUUAUUGUAUCGUGCCAAAGUGCCUUCUCUUACACUAAAAAAAAAAAAAAAAAACUAGGGUUAAAAAAUGCGUAAAAUAUUAUAAUAUGCAUAGAAUAUUCAUUUUUGUGCUCUGGAAAAAAAAAAACAAUGAGUUUCCAAGUUUUCCAACUUUUGAUAUGCUCACACACACUUACACAUAAAUGAUUCCUAUAAAUGAUUGCCCUGGUUUAUAAUAAGCUAUUAAAUGGACUGGCAUUUUAUUUCUCAGCAACUUUAUAAUGACUUUUGAUGGAAUGAAAGAACUUCACUUAUUUCUAAGAUGAAAAUUUACACACAGAGAUUAGAAUUAACUGCAUAAUUACGUGUUUGAAAGGUUACAGGUUUGCUAAACUAAUAUUUAAAGGGGACAUAUUAUGCAAAACUCACUUUUUCCCCCUCUAUAAACCAUAAACUCCAUUAAGCACCAUUCAAUCGUUUUCUGUGAAUCAGCUGAAAGACUUUUAUUAUGGCGUUAUUCUGACGUCACAAUAUAGAAACCUUCAUAGAACCACCCUGGCUCCACCCCUCACCACUAGAGCCCCACCCACAAGAACAUCAGUUGAAGAAACAUGAAAACCAGCAUUCCAGUUAUACUGGUUUAGAGUAGCACAGCAGACUUCACCUGAGGGAGGGAUCUGUACCUACUGCCUACAACUCUAACAUGUGGUAAACCCUCCAGCAACAGCUUAUUUGCAUAAAAGUGACAGAGCCCUUAAACGGCUCAUUAUGAAAGAGACUGAAACUGAUAAGAAUAGAAUAAAAUAGCUUGUGAGAUCUUUGUCUUUAGGUGAGAGUGAUUUUUGGCUAUGUUCACAUUACAAGCCAAAUUGCUCAAAUCUGAUUUUUUGCUCAAAUCAGAUCUUAACGGUUUACUUUCACAGAUGUAAGUGACCUGUAUCUGUGUGUAAUGUGAACGAAUCUUCACAUUCAUGUCGCAUGUUCACAUAUCUGAUGUAGGACCAUAUGAAAGUGACUCAAAUCUGAUUUAAAAAAAAAUAUAGAUUUGGCACGUUCACACAGCCAUGAAAACAAAUCAGAUCUGAGCCACAUUGAGCAAAAAAUCUGAUUUAAGUCACUAAAGCCUGGUAAUGUGAACGUAACCUUCACGAACGUAACUUCAUGAACAUGUUUUAUACAGUAUAGCCCAUAGACCUACUGUAAUCUAACUAAAACAGGUUUAAUAUGUCCCCUUUAAGUUAACUAACUUGAGAUAACUCAGUAGGUAGUAAUUCUAGGUAUAAUUUAAAUUGUCUGGACAUUAUAUUCACAUGAAAUGAGCUUGAUAUCUUUUUGAGAUGAAUGUUGAGAGGAAUUUAAACAGCAAUAACUCAAAACCCAGUUUGUGGCCUUACAUUUAAAAUCAAUUACAGUAUUUAAUAUGGCCAGUUCUUCCUAACGUUUUGGAGGAAUGUAUGCAAAACCCAAACACAUUUUAACAGGAUUUGAUAGAAGAAGUAAUAGAUUGGACGUUUUUUUGGAACAGUGGUAUUGUAAGAUCUUGUUCAGAGAUAAGAAUUGGACCCCUGCAGAUUUUAGUGCUUUUCCAACUUUCCUUGCACACCAUUUCAACUCAAUAAUAGACUGCACAUGAGUUGGAAGCAGUGAAAACACUAAAAUGUGCAGGGCAGGGGUUGAAAAACUGCCUUAAAUGCCUUAACACACUCAGUUACCAUCAACUGGUAUCAACUGGUGCUAUAGUACUGCAUUCCACAUCAAUGUACGAUUAAUCUACAUACAGCUCUGUAAACAAAAAAAAAAAAAAGAGAUCACUAAAAAAUGAUGAGUUUCUUUGAUUUUACCAAAUUAAAAACCUCUGCAAUAUAGUUUACAUACAGCACCAGUCAAAAGUUUGGACACACCUUAAAUUCAGUGUGUUUUUCAUUGUUUUAAAAUGUUCUGUAUUGUAGAUUAAUAUUGAAGUUAUCCAAACUAUGAAGAAAAACAUAUGGAAUUAUUUAGUAACGAGAAAAAGUGUUAAACGAACCAGAAUAUGUUUUAUAUUUUGAAUUCUUCUUGCUCGGAUGAUCAGUUUUGCACAUCUCUGCUGCAUUUUCUCAGUCAGCUUUAUGAGGUAGAGUCACAUGGAAUUCAGGCUUUAUUCAGUUAACAGCUGUGCUGAACUCAUCAAGAGUUAAUUACUUGAAUUUCUUGUCUCUUAAUAAAGUGUUUGAGAGCAUCAGUUAAAGUAAAGUAGUGAAGAGGUAGAGUUACAGGUAUACAGUGAAUAGUGAACAUUUGAGUAAUGUUCUAAAAUAUACUCAACUAAAUAAAGAAAAUUAAAGUCAAUUUCAAGAACUUUUAAAGUAUUCUAAAAUGCAGUUGAAAAAAAAACAUCAAAAAUGUUAUGAUGAUGAAACUGGCACUCAUCAGGACCACCUUAGAAAAAGGAAGAGCAGUAUUUUGGUUUGUUUAGCACUUUUAAGUUACUACAUGAUUCAUUAUGUGUUCCUUCAUAGUCUGGAUAACUUUACUAUUUUUUUGCAAUGUAAGAAAAAAAAUAUUCAAUGGUAAUUGAAGAUGUGUCCAAACUUUUGACUGGCACUGUACUUUAUCUAGAGAAUUCCACACUUAAAUUUAGUUUAAAUAUUAAAAUAAUCUAAUAUUUCUCAUUUUUCAUUGUUGUACAAUUAUUUUAAUUCUGUAUUAAGUCGUUCCAGCAAAUAACCAUAAAGUAAAUCAACCCUUUCUUUACUUUUAUAAGAUAUUUUUCCUAUAUAAGUGCCUUUAUGAAUUAAGAAAUAUAUACACCUAAAGGGCAAAAGAAUAAGACACUUUUACUAAAUAAAACUAGUUUUUAAAAAGUUUUUAUGAGUAUAGAAAUGGUGUAAUGUCACUACAAUAAACUCAAAAUGAGAAAUAUUAGAUAUUUAAUCUGUUUUUAAGAUUAUGAAGCCCAUCCUGUCCUCACUGUGAACACUCAGCACGCAGGACUCAGAACUCACGGCCUUAAUCUGAAUCCUCUCUGAGAGCAGGAAGCCAGCGGCGCUUUACUGUGUUUAGUCUUAAUAAAAUUCAGGGCUGUGAUUAGAGAUCAGUGUUUUGUCUGUUUAACAGAUAAUUUACUCACCUUCUGCCAACAAGAGCCGUGAAAACAGAUAAAGGUCAAUCAGUACACACACACACACACACACACACACACACACACACACACACACACACACACACACACACACACACACACACUUCAGUACAGAUAACACACACACAACCUAAAACACUGAAACACACACACACACACACACACACAAACUAAAACACUGAAACACACAAACACAUACACACACACACAAACUAAAACACUGAAACACACACACACAUACACACACACACACACACACACCGAAAGGUCAAUCAGUGCAGAACUGAGUAACACAGUGCUGUUCCUCUCCAGAAUGACCCCUUCCCUUACACACACACACACACUGAAACACACACACACACUCAGACACAGGCACCCCAAAACACACACACACACACACACACACACUGAAACACACACACACCGAAUUCAAGAUAGAUAACACACACACACACUCAGACACACACACACACAAAAGCACAUACACACUGAACACACACACACUGAAACAUACAGAGUUCAGUACAGAUAACACACACACACACCACACACUUUCACUGAAACACACACACACACACACACACACACACACACACACACACUCAACGAAACACACACCGAAACACUCACACACUCAGAAACACAGACUUUAGGACAGAUAACACACACACACACACUUAGACACACAUAUUAAAACACACAGAGUUCAGUAUAGAUAACACACACACACACCGGAACACUCGCACACACAGACACUCCGAAACACACAGAGUUCAGUACAGAUUACACACACACACACACACACACACACACAGAAUCAGAGUGUGUUUGGAGGUCGUGUCUCUGGAGAUGUAUAAAGGCGGGAUCUGGCAGGGCGUUCUCCGGUUAUCAGAAUUAAAUACUGUGAUAAAAGUUGUGUUUUGUUCUCUAUCAUCCUGAAAUCCUGCUUUUAUAACAGUAUCAGCUUUACUGAGGGAGAAAAAGAUGAAAAUAAAAGAAAAAACCUUCUAAAGCCCGUCUCCUUCUCUCAGCUGCUGAGAAUUAAACUCUAUUAAACUCUAAUAAACUCUAUUAAACUCUAAUUGAUGUUUAUAGGAGGUAAACACAGCAUCAGUAUUAUCUCAGUCUCUGUUUCAGUGCAGGUUUUUUUAUUACAUUUUAUUUGAGUGUUUACAUUCUGUUUUUUUUUAUAGCACAACAAAUUAUUUUACUUUUUUAUUUUUAUUUUUAUUUUAUUUUACUAGGCCUGUCCCAAUAAUGACUAAUAAAUAUCAAAUAACAUUUUUUGGAUGAUAAAGUCUGCCAGAAAUUAUUGUGAUAAAUGAUAUAAGACCAGUAAAUAAAACAGAUAUAAUUAUAAUAAUAUCCUAAUAGCAUAUAAUAAUAAUGCAUUUUCACCGUUUAAAGAUAAUGAACCUUUUCAAUACAAAAAUAUAUAUAUAUUAUUCCCUUAAAUAAUCAAUUUAAUUUGGCAGAUGAAUACUAUACUUACUAUAUAAGUAAAGGUCAUUCAUACAUAAAAAAGAACACAAAAAUGAUCAUGUCCAUAAAAUGUACAAUAAGUCAUUAUUGUGACAGGUCUGUUUACCACACAGUGUUUUCUUGCCUUAAAUGAAAAUAAUUGAAUCAUUUCUAAAUGAAAUUUUUGUGAUCAAGUAAUUUCAGGGCAUUUUCUUUUUUUACUUUUAUUUUAUUUUACAUUAAACACCCAUUUAUGCCAAGUAUAAAACUCAUAUAAACAGAGGGCCACUUUACAAAUGAGAGCUGCUCAUUGGCUAGUCUUUUAUAUUUGAUAAAAGUACUGUUUUGUAUGAAAAUAUGAAAAUUAUCACUUUUUUGUGUUUUUUUAGACUUCACUGGUUUAUAAUAGUGAAGAAGGUCAAAGAUAAACUAAACACUACCAGUCAAAAGUUUUAAGAACAUCUUAAUAUUUUCAGGUCCAGUCUAAAAAAAUUUACACUAAACCCCCCUAAACCAUAUAUAUAUAUUUUUUUUUUUCAUUAAUAGCUAAAAUAUGUUCCUUUGAAGUAAUAAAACAUACCAGUCCUGCUUUUAAUUUUAUAAACAUUUUCUAACCUUAAAAAAAAAAACACUUUUAUUGCAGUAAUUUCUGCCUCUGUAGCGCCCUCUCAGGUUCAACUGUGCUAUUUCAGAAAUUCAGUUAAAAAAUGUGAAACUCUUAUAUUAUAUAGAUGUAUUAAACAAACAGACUGAUCUAUUUUAAGAGUUUAUUUCUUUUAUUGUUGAUAAUUAUGACUUUUGGCAAUGUGGGCAGUGUGCCAAAUCCUGCUGGAAAAUGAAAUCCACAUCUCUCCAAACCAUCACUGAUUGGUGGAAACUUCACACUAGACCUCGAGCAGUUUGGACUGUGUGUCUCUCCACUCUUCCUCCAGACUCUGAUCCCUUUAUUUACUUUAAAUGAAAUGUAAAAUGUACUGAUGAUCAGUGAUGGUUUGGAGAGAGUCAUGUCUGUCAUCUGCUGCUGUUGAUCCACUGUGUUUUAUUAUCAAGUCUAAAGUCAGUGCAGUUUUGUUUUCCCACAAAAUCUUACAGCACUUCAUAUCUUACAGCUUCCCUCUGCUGAUAACAACUUUUAUAUAGAUUUUUUUGGGGUUUUCAUUGUCUGUAAGCCAAAAUCAUCAACAAUAAAAGAAAUAAAGGCUUAAAAUAGAUCACUCUGUGUUUAAUACAUCUAUAUAAUAUAUGAUUUUCACAUUUUAAACUGAAUUACUGAAUUGUUUUGAGAUAUUGAAAGGUUGUUUAGGGAAUCAAUUUUUUUUUUGUUUGUUAAAUGAAGAUGAAUACUCAGUAUGUUCAGUAUGUCUCUGUAUUGUUGCAUAUCUGUAGUAAAAUGCCUUUCCAGUCGAUGGACGGAAGCUGUUGGGAAGAUUGUGCUUGAUCAUGUGUUUGAAUCAGUAUUGGAGUCUGAAUCAUCCUGAAUCAUUCUGGAGCCGUGUUUAAUAUUCACUCGGGGACGCUGCAGCGCUGCGGAUCUUCCACCAACUUUACAGAGACGGACGAGAUGAAGAUGUCGCAAGCGGCCGAAGAAUCCCGUCAGCGCGAGUGAAUCAUUUUUAAGCCUGCGUCUGUCAUUGGCCUGUUUUCGUACUGUAUUUUCCUUCGCUUUAAUUAUUCCCCUGGACGAUAUUCGCUCCGAACAGACGCUGACAGACAAAAAGCAAUUACUGCGCUCGAACUUCAGAACAUCUUUAAAUUAUUAAGGACUGUAAAAACAGAAACUGGCGACGAUAGCCUGAUUUUUCUUCUCUGAAAUUGUUAAGUUAUAUUAAGGUUUUUGUUUCUUUAGAGACUGGAUGUUUGUCCAAUGACUAAAAGCAUAAUAUCUCAUUUAUUCUCUGAUUCUCUAUUGUUAAUUUCUUUUCCAGGAACUAUGUUUACUUCCACAGAACAUUGAAUAAACAUUUGAAGAUGUGA